CUCUCCUCUUCUCUUAUUUUGCCCUCAACUACAAAAUAACGUCGGAACUCGCUUCACAACUUUAUUUUCCUCUUAUAAACAACAAUAUUAACACACCCGAACAUUUUUUCUUACCAACAGUCAUCACGACGAGCGGAUCUUCAUCAUCAUCUGGAGAGGGUGGAGGAGGAGGAGGUAAUAAUGCUGGUAGCAACAAUCCAAAUAAUGGACAACAACAAAACAAAACAAGUAAUUCAAACAAUUCAAAACAAAAACAACCUAAUAAAGAAGAAAAUAAGGAUGUUUUAGAUAAUGAUGUGUUAAAAUUAGCAUUAGUAUCAAAUGAGAAGGAUGAAUUAAUGUUAACAAUGACAGAUAAAACAACAACAACAAAAUUAGAUGAAGAAGAAGAUGAGAAAAACAAAAGUAAAAACAUUAAAAAGAAAAGUUUUGAAGAAACAGAAAAUGGAAAGAUACAACAACAACAAAAACAAACUAAAGAAACAACAAAAAUGCCUUCUUCCUCAACAACAAAUACACCAAAAACAUCAACGGCUAUUUCACCCUCACAACAAAUAAAUACAACAAAUAUUCAACAUAAAAAUAGUGGACAACAAAAUAGACAACAAAUAAAAAUUGAUGAGAAGGCUGUUGUUCGUGGGGUGCCAGCAACGGGGGGAUAUACAAUGGAUGCUUUCAAUGCAAUGGUACAACAAAAGCAACAACAACAAUCUUCUCAUUCACACCAUCAACAACAACCUACAAAUGUUGGAUCAUCUGCUGUUACUACUCAAUCAGCAACAUCCAGUCAUCAUCAUAGGCAUUCUAGUGCUGCUGCUGAAACUGCCAAUAUGCAUUCUUCAAUGUCUAGAACCCAAAGGUCACGGCUACGGGCUGAUGAUACUACUGGAAAAUACAAGUUGUUAAAAACGAUUGGAAAGGGCAAUUUUGCAAAGGUCAAGUUGGCUAAACACAUUCCAACAGGUGUUGAAGUUGCUAUUAAAAUUAUUGAUAAAACUGCCUUAAAUCCGAGCAGCCUUCAAAAGUUAUUCCGAGAAGUUCGAAUAAUGAAACAAUUAGACCAUCCAAAUAUUGUAAAACUUUAUCAAGUUAUUGAAAAUGAAACAACAUUAUAUUUGGUAAUGGAAUAUGCUAGUGGUGGUGAAUUAUUCGAUUAUUUGGUAGCUCAUGGAAGAAUGAAAGAAAAAGAAGCUAGAGCAAAAUUUAGACAAAUUGUUUCAGCUGUUCAAUAUUUACAUUCUAAAAAUGUGAUACACAGGGAUUUGAAGGCAGAAAAUUUAUUGUUGGAUUCUGCUAUGAAUAUCAAAAUUGCCGAUUUUGGAUUUAGCAAUACUUUUUCUCCAGGAAAUAAAUUGGACACAUUUUGCGGGUCACCACCUUAUGCUGCACCAGAACUCUUUCAAGGAAAAAAAUAUGAUGGUCCAGAGGUUGAUGUAUGGAGUUUGGGAGUAAUUCUUUAUACUCUCGUCUCUGGUAGCCUUCCUUUUGACGGGCAGAAUCUCAAGGAAUUGAGAGAACGGGUUCUUCGUGGCAAAUAUCGUGUUCCUUUCUAUUUAUCAACAGAUUGCGAAAAUCUUGUCAAAAAAUUCCUCGUUUUAAAUCCUGCAAGACGUGGAACAUUAGAAACAAUAAUGCGUGAUAAAUGGAUGAAUAUGGGUUAUGAAGAAGAAGAAUUGAGACCAUAUACAGAACCAACAAAAGAUGUUAGGGAUGAAAGAAGAAUAUUAAAAUUACAAGUUUUUGGAUAUACUUUACAAGCAAUCCAUGAAUCUUUGGAAUGUGAAAAAUUUGAUGAAAUUUUUGGGACUUACUUGCUAUUAAAAGAAGCUAAAAAACAACAAUUGCAACAACAGCAGCAGUCUGCACAACAGCAGCAACAACAACAAGUUCAAGGAGUUCAGCAUCAUCAAGAAGGAAGCAUUUCUUCUGCUACUGCAGGUGUUGGGGGAAAUGUUACUGCUUCUACUGCAGAUAAUCUUCCUUUUAAUCAAUCAAUGGGGUCGACUGGACAGUAUCCCCAACGUCCCUACACUUCUGUCCAAACUUCAGCUUCCAAAAACACAAGACGUGCAUCUUCAAAUGCUGAUCAACUCCAAGCUGUUCCACCAACUGCUGUUGUAGAACCCAAUAAUGCUUUGACAACAACAACUCCAUCAAAUACAAAUAUAAUGCCUCCUCCCUCCACUCAACCCCCUCAAGCUGCAAAUUUAUCAGUAACAGCUAUGAGAGCACAACAAAAUGCUGUUCAACAACAACAGCAGCAGCAACAACAAGUUGCCUUUCGUAAUGCUGCUUUUGGAGGUGUAACAAGUGGUCGGCAGCCUGCUUUAAGUGUUCAACCAUUAGCUUCUCCAGCCUAUAUUCAUCCAAUCCAAAAUGCAAAUGUUCGUAAUUUACCAGCAGGUGCUGGUGGUACAGUUGUUGCUUCAGGAAAUCAUCGAAAAGGUUCAGCUCCAGGUGGACGUGUACCUCUUCCAAAUCUUGGAUUGCGGACGGGUAUUCAACAGCAACAACAACAAAUUGCACCAAUUGGUGGGACGAAUAAUUCUGCUGCUUCUGCUGCUCAUCAACAAAAUCGCAAAAACAUUUCGAAUGGUUCAAAUUCAUCUUCUAUAACAAGAGCUCCACCAGGUUUUUAUAAUGCAUCAGCUAGUAAUCCAUUAUCAGCAAAAUUGGUUGCAAAAGCAACAACUGGAGGAGGUUAUGUUGUUCCAACGGCUGGUAGUGGAGGUGGAGGAGGAAUUGUUUCUUCUGCUAUGCAGAAGAGCGUUUCUCAUGCACCACGUGAACCUUCUAUUAAAGAGGAUGAAGAUGAACGGUCAUCUUCAAGUCGUAAAACGCCUCCAAUGCAUGGAACAAAACAACAACCAAUAAUUGCACCUACAGCAACAAUUUCAACAACUGGUAUUCUAUUUUUAUAUUUUUUAUAAACAUUACUGGUUAGGGUUGGUUUCCGUCUCCGAAAGCGCGCGUAGGCGCCAAAAUAAUUUUGAUUCCAUGAAAUUUCCCAUUAUAAAAUUGUUCCCCGUCCCCCCUCCCUGUGUUGCUGCCUGCCCGAAAAUUGUUCACCAUGUCCCUCUCUCCGUCGGGGAUCAAUCCUAUUAUUGGUUUAGGACACUACCCCCUUCUCCCUCCCAUUUUUUGGAAAAAAAUAAACUAUUAGAGGGAUGGUGACAUCAAAAAAAAAUUUUUGUUUUGGCUUAUGUUGAUGUUUCCUUACUGGUAAUGGGAUAAGAUUUUUGUGGAGCAAACUUUUUUUCCUUCCUAUUUGAAAUUUUUCUUUACAAAA